AUGCGCAAGUUUCAGGAUUCCGUCAAGGCCCUGCAGGCCGACAUCGAUCACGCCAAUGCGCUGGCGUCGGAAUUCCAGAGGGACUACGACGGCUCGGUCAUCCAGAUGCGGAUGGCGUACAGCGCCGUCGCGCAUUUCCUCGUGCAGUGGACUGACUGUAAGCUCGCCGGCGCGCUCGGCCUCCUCAAGAUUAUGCUGUACAAGGUGUACGCGGACGGCUCGUCGGCGCUUCCUGACUGGGAGAGGGAGGCCAGUAUCAGGCAGUUCUACGGCGUCAUUUUCCCGUCGCUGCUGCAGCUGCCGAGCGGCAUCACCGAGCUGGACGACAGGAAACAGAGGAUACUCUGCCUGAAGAAAUUCAGGAGCAGGGAUGAGCAGCUCUCGGAGGUGGACACGGAGAGGGAGCUCGAGUGCGGGAUCUGCCUCGAGGAUAAGCUUCGCUCUCUCAUGCCAAUGUUUAUCUUCCACUGGAUACUCUGUGCUUUGCUAGAGAUAAUCUUCCACUCUCUUAAGCCAAUAUUUAACUUCCACUGGAUAUUUUGUGCUUUGCAUCAUCAUCAAGCAUAA